AUAUAUUCUAUAUAUUCGGUAAAAAUCUUUGUUAUGUUCAAACAAUAUAAAAACCGACUAAAAUCGAACUCGAAAAAAAUUCACUUUAAAAUAUUAAAAUUUCGUACAUAUUGCAAUAACGUUAAUAACGCAAUUUCUGAUCAGCAACUCAUGAUGUCAAACACUAUCUCCAAUCAGCAACCCAAUGUCUCUUCGCUUAAUCAUGAUCAGCAAUACCAGCAGCCCACAUCUAUUCGCCAGCAGCAAUAUGAUGCCAACUAUGCAAACUAUGCUAACUAUGCUAACUAUCAACAAUGUAAUAAUCAAAAAUCCUCCAUUUCUAACUACUAUAGCAAUAACGACAUUAUCUCCCCCGAUCAGCAACUCAAUGCUGCAUCACCUAAUCAUAAUCAGCAAUAUCAGCAGCCCAAUGUCCCUUCACCUAAUCACCAGCAGCAAUAUGAUAAUGCCAUUUCUAACUAUAGCGAUAACAUAACUAACUCUCCUGAUAAGCAACCCAAUGUUUCUUCACCUAGUCAUAAUCAGCAAUAUCAUCAACAUAGUGUUGCUUCACCUAAUCAUCAGCAGCAAUAUGAUGCUAGCUACCAACAAUACAUUUAUCAAACCGCCAUCUCUAACAACACUGAUUCUAUCAUUCCUGGUCAUAAUCACCAUCAACAACCCAGCAAUAAUAAUAAUCCCGAUUCAAACAAUACUAAUCACAACAAUAAUCAGCAAUCUUCGUCUGCUGAUAUACCUCCUUUGUCGCUUAACAUUACCAUUAAUUCUCCUCAGACAAAUUUUAUUAUUAUACCUAGUUCGGAUAUGAUUCAGCAAGUACUUGCUUGUUUGAAUAAUUCUUCUUCAGGAUUUCAACGGUAAAAUUUUGUAUAACCAUGUAAUAUUCUAUUCUUUAUUUAUUCUUUAUUUCUUUAUAUUCUGACAUAAUUAGUAGUUGUUACAGUAGAAAUAUUUAGUGAAAAUAAACUGUAU